AUGGCGAAGCUGGGGUCGCACCGUUUGGGACCGAUCAGGCAAGCUCAUGCACGACAGUUGGCGAGGGAUCGUGGUUGUUGGCAAGGCGGGAUUGGGGGCAAGGCUCGAGUUCCCACACAGCAGGCAAGCAUGUACACGCCCGACCUGUGUUGCUCCAAUGGUGGAUGGUCUGCCUGUGAGAGCGAUGCUUGGGAUGCCGACGACGAGGGCUAUACCUUAGCCGAUUGCUGCGGUGGCUGGUGGCAGUCCAAAGAUGCUGUGUUCCUCACGCCGGUGCGCGAGUAUGUGCUGCUGCAGCCGGAAGAGCUUCAGCUCCGGAACCCUCAUCACUUGCACGGCUCCUUCUAUGCCACUCGGUCGACCUCAGCGCUCAUUGGCUUUGUGGGACAGGCCCGGCUCAUUCAUCAGCUGGGCUUUACGAAGGACCUGGUGCUGGUGGAGGUGGGGGUGGAUGAGGGAGCCUUUGUGCAGGCCGUCCUCUUAGAGCUGAAGCUGCUGAAUUCGUCGGUGAAGAAGUACUAUGCCAUUGACCCCUGGAUUGGUCGCUUGGAGGAGUUCCGCCAGUCGGUCCAAGUGGCGAUCCAGUGGUCGCCCACGGUGCACAUCGUCCAAGAGACAGGUGACAUCGCGAGCCGCUUGCUGGAGGAUGAGAGCGUAGACUUUGUCUUCGUGGAUGCCUACCAUAGCACUCCCAUGGUGCUGCUGCAUCUGCGCCGCUACUGGCCGAAGCUGCGCCCAGGAGGCGUCAUUGCUGGGCACGACUUCGCGCCCGAGAAGCCCUGGCGCUUCCCGGGCCCUGUGGCCGCCGCGCUGCAGUUCGCGAAGGAGGUGAAGUUGGAGGGACGACUUUUGGGGCUGUGCCUUGGAGAUCGUUUCGGUGAUGUUUUUUGUUCUUUAGCUAGAUCUGACUAG